UAGUUGUAGUGUGACGCCCGUGAGGUGGCUGUGUCGGAGCGGGGCAGGCUGUGAGACCGACCGGAUCCCUAUCUAAACCGUGCCCCGUCAUCUCCGCCAUGCUUUUCCAGUCAGUUGUGAACAGAGCCCACCUGGGACUGAGCAGGAAAGGGACUUCACCUGGUCAUCCCCUCCAGUCUCUUCUGCAGGGUUACCGCUGUCUCAGACGGGAUGAGCAUAUUUCAUAUGGAGAGCUGGGCAUGCAAGUGCCACCCUUCGGGUGUUCUUUCAACACAGCUGCAGAUGCACCACAUAUCCUUGCUGUGGCCAAUGAAGAAGGCAUUGUUAGGUUGUAUGACACGGAAUGCCGAAACACAGAGAAACAAAUUGUGAAAGAAUGGGUGGCUCACACUAAUGCCGUUUUUGACAUUGCCUGGGUGCCUGGAGAACACAAGCUGGUUACAGCUUCAGGGGACCAGACGGCCAAGCUGUGGGAUGUGAAAGCAGGGGAGGCUGUUGGCGUGUGCAAAGGCCACCAAUGCAGCCUGAAGUCUGUUGCUUUCUCAAAGUUUGAGACUGCUGUAUUCAGCACUGGGGGGAGAGAUGGAAACAUCAUGGUCUGGGAUACCAGAUGCAACAAGAAAGAUGGAUUUUACAGACAAGUGAACCAGAUCUCAGGUGCUCACAAUGCUCUGGAAAAGCAGACUCCAUCUAAAAUCAAAAAGAAGAAACCUGCUGUCAGAGGACUUGCUCCUUCAGUGGACUCGCAGCAGAGUGUGACAGUGGUAAUCUUUCAGGAUGAGCACACGCUUAUAUCUGCAGGAGCUGUUGAUGGCUUUGUCAAAAUGUGGGACUUACGGAAAAAUUACACUGCAUACCGACAAGAUCCAAUAGCAGUUAAAGUCUUCCCCUAUCCUGGAAACAGUACACGUAAACUUGGUUAUUCCAGCCUUGUUUUGGACUCCACUGGAACCAACUUGUUCGCAAAUUGUACUGAUGACAAUAUCUAUAUGUUCAACGCAACUGGACUCAGGACUGACCCAGUCUCUGUGUUCAGCGGCCACCAGAAUUCCACUUUUUACAUCAAGUCCAGCGUGAGUCCGGACGGCCAGUUUCUGCUCAGUGGAUCAAGUGACAGCAGUGCCUACAUCUGGCAGGUCUCCGAUCCCCAGGCUCCUCCUGUGACUCUGACCGGACACUGUCAAGAAGUUACCUCAGUCACUUGGUGCCAAUCAGACUUUACAAAGAUUGCAACCUGUUCUGACGAUAACACCGUAAGAAUAUGGAGACUGAACCGGAACAGCGAUGAUGCUGAUAAAGUGGACUGUGUUGGCUGGGCAAGUCAGAAAAGGGAACGUCUUCCAGUGGUGUCCAGGCUCUGUACUCCAGGUAAAAACUCCGUAUUACAUAACAGUCCUCUGAUGUCCUCCCCGACACCGGCUACCUGCGCUCCAAGUCAUACUGGAGAUCUCCCAAUGCCCUCCAGCACUCCGUCAUCCACUGUGCUGAUUCCUAAGCUGCACACCCCCAAAAGGCAAAAGCUUGAACGCUCCACCUCGUCUCCCAAGCAGCUGUCAACUUCAAAAAUUUCUAUCAAGGACUGGGUGAGUCGCACCCCAAAGUCUCGCACCCCUGUUCCAGAAACAAAGACUCCAUCUCCACGAAAAGCAUUCACGCCUGUUGAGCAGUACUCUGUGACUUCAAGCUCGAGACCCUCGGGGCUGUCUGAAAAGAGGGUCAAGAGGAGACUGGAGACCAGCAAUGGGGACGAAGAGCAUGGUUGCUUCAGCCUCUGCAGUUGUGUGACUGAGCUAGAACCUGGCUUAAAGAAGCCAAAACUAGACUUGUGUUCUCUUCAGGGGACGGAUGAAAGCGAUAUUGGAUGUGUAAGCCUUGGAGACCUGGGUAAAUGUGACCACAAAUCCACUUCAGAGUCCAAGAGCAUUCCCCACGCCGAGCCCAUGGAGCAGCCCUCCUUACAGAGCGUGCCUGCUGACCCGAAGUUCAGGCUGCAAGACAAAGAGAACAGCUCGCCCGAAAAGAACUGGCUUUCUGUACUGGGACACAAACUAAAGACCGACAAGCUCAGUCCACAAGGCAAACUCAGCAGCAGUCCGUCCGCUCGAGGCGGCAGCGCCAAGAAGCAUCAUGUCAGGAGUAUUACAAACUCUCCUGUGUCUGUGUCUACUACUCCUGUCUCGAUGCGCAAGAUCUGCACAUACUUCAUAAAAAGCCCGGGGGGUAAAAGCGAAGAGGAGUGAAUGCGUCCGGAGUCUGCUUUGGGAAUGCCUGUCAGACCGUGUGUUGUCUCUGUUAUCACAGCGAAGAUCUUUGUUUUAAAAGAAGAACGUCAUGUUAACAAACUGGAUUUGCUGGCUUCAAUCUGACUAUGACAUCAUCACGGAUCUCUAUGUAGCGAAUGACAUCCUUCGCUGCUCUGUUAAACAGUUCUGGCUGCUUGUGGAUCACAUUCCUUGCUGGAAGGCCCGGCGUAUAGCUCGAGUUCGCUCUUUGUGAAUAUUUCCUUAGAUUUUAUUUACUGCGAGCAUUGGAUUCUUUCAUUUGAAUUUUUUUUUUAAAUAACUGCAGUACAAAGACCUACAAUUUUAUAGUUGGACCCCUAGCACUUUUAUGAACGGAUACCCUAGCUGGUAACGUGUAGUUUAACCCUUUGCUGACACACACACCAGGUACACUUCAGUAUUCCAGCUCCUCGGCUAGAUGGUGUAUACGGAUGAGUUAUGCUCCGCGGCAGCUGGUAUACUGGAUGUGUGCUUUUGUCGCAAUCAUUUAAUGAUUGUAGAAUUGUAGUAACACUCGCAUGUUCUAGAAUUUGUAUCGCUUGACUCAUUGAUGUUAAAACACUGCCUGUAAGUUUUAAUAAUCAUUUAGGUUAGCUGCUCUUUGCUAUGUUUUAUUGUUUUUAAUGUUUAAGGGUUACUGUUUUAAGAAUAUGUACAUCGGAAUGAAACUGUAUAUUUUUGUAAAUACAGAUAUAUUAUACAAG